UCGGCCCUCUACGCCGCCGCCAUGUCGGCGCAGGCCCAGAUGCGCGCGAUGCUGGACCAGUUGAUGGGCACCUCCCGGGACGGGCCCUGGUGGUGGCAACCGCCUGUGUGCCACUGAAAAUCGUGCCGAUGCCUGGCAUACUGCAUAAAUGGAAGCAGGGUACCGCGUUCAAUGUAUCUAUGCCUGCCUACUUCAAUCUGCAAGGGAGUGUCAGAAAGGCCCCGCAUUCGCCGAGCCGAGAUACUACUCGUCAACGAAUCAAAUUCAGUGAUGACAGAGUAUGCAAGAGCCACCUUCUCAACUGUUGCCCCCAUGAUGUCCUUUCUGGAACUAGAAUGGAUCUUGGAGAGUGUCUGAAAGUUCACGACCUGGCAUUGAGAGCCGAUUACGAAAUCGCAUCCAAGGAGCAGGAUUUUUUCUUUGAACUUGACGCCAUGGAUCAUCUGCAAUCAUUUAUUGCAGAUUGUGAUCGAAGAACAGAAGUGGCUAAGAAAAGAUUAGCAGAAACUCAAGAAGAGAUUAGUGCUGAAGUGGCUGCAAAGGCAGAACGUGUUCAUGAGUUAAAUGAAGAAAUUGGUAAAUUAUUAGCCAAGGUGGAACAACUGGGAGCUGAAGGGAAUGUGGAAGAAUCCCAGGAAGUGUAUCGGAAUUCUAUGCCAGCUUCCAGUUUCCAGCAGCAGAAACUUCGAGUCUGUGAAGUCUGCUCUGCCUAUUUAGGUCUUCACGAUAAUGACAGGUGACUGGCUGAUCAUUUCGGGGGGAAACUGCACCUGGGAUUCAUUGAAAUAAGAGAGAAGCUUGAAGAAUUAAAGAGAGUUGUAGCUGAGAAGCAGGAAAAGAGAAACCAGGAACGCCUGAAACGAAGAGAAGAAAGGGAGAGAGAAGAAAGGGAGAAGCUGAGGAGGUCCCGAUCACAUAGCAAGAAUCCUAAAAGAUCAAGGUCCAGAGAGCAUCGCAGACACCGAUCUCGCUCCAUGUCUCGAGAACGCAAGAGGAGGACACGAUCCAAGUCUCGGGAGAAACGCCAUCGCCAUCGGUCCCGCUCCAGCAGCCGUAGCCGCAGCCGCAGCCAUCAGCGAAGUAGACACAGUUCUAGAGAUAGGAGCAGAGAGCGGUCCAAGAGGAGAUCCUCAAAAGAAAGAUUCAGAGACCAAGACUUAGCAUCACGUGACAGAGACAGGAGUUCAAGAGACAGAUCACCUCGUGACCAAGACCGAAAAGAUAAGAAGCGGUCCUAUGAGAGUGCAAAUGGCAGAUCAGAAGACAGGAGGAGCUCUGAAGAGCGCGAAGCAGGAGAGAUCUAAUAGGCUGUGUACAUACCUUCAAUCCUUAAGCUUCCUAUGGAGUCACAUACUAUUGUUUAGUUUACAGCUGUUCAGGGUAACAGUGAGCAGUUCUAGCACGGAUUCAGGAUUCAGCCAGGCUAGACGUACAGUAUCUAACUUGAUCUGAACUGAACCUGUUUUCCUUGAUGAAGUCUAAAACUACAUCCAUAGUUUCUGGUGAACCUGUAGUUCGGUUCUGAAAGUACAGUUUUAUAUAACAAGACACUGAUCUUUAUUCUUAAAGUAGGAGUGAUAGUGAAUGAAUUGUUACAUGUCUUUUUGAACAUUUGUAAAAUGCUGUCUUCCUUUCUACUCCAAAUGGCAGCAGCUUUGAGAAUUUUUCCUUUUAAUUCUUCCUGUGACUUUUGUAUUCCCUAAUACCUGCCUUCUCCAACUGUAAGGGGGUCAGGGAAGCAAUAUAUCAUAUGUCCUGAGGUUCUAUUCCCAUUAUUAAUUAUUAGCUCAUUACAGUUCAGAGCAUUUAUACUGGAAUGUGUGCUGGAAAAAUUGAAAAUACUGGGGAUUUUUGUGUGGCGGUGCCUAUUUAGAAUUGGAAAUUGAACAGCUGUUGCAUUACAUACAUACUUUUGCUUUUCUAUUGAGAUUUUAAAAUCAGACUUGUCUCGAUUAUUCUGUUCCUCAUUACUAUGUUUAGGAUGUUCUGGGGGGUGGGGGCAGGGACUCUUUGGUAUUAAGCACUUGUUUUAUUUUGUGUGUGGAGUAUAAAAGCUACAUCCUUAUUGUAAAAAAUAAUAAAAUGAAAGAAACAAUCAUCAACACCAUCAGACUGUAACUUGUCAAGUAAAUUGUCACUAGAACUAUUUGUUGUGGAUUUUUCCUGUAUUCUGUUACCUUACUAGCAGUGCCUUACUGAGCAAGGCACCAAAGGAAGUAAAUAGACUUGGAAAGAGUCCUGAUGAACUGUUGCUCCUUCUGGGUCUCACUAACUGCUUUCCACCUACUUGAGGCUGUCCGUAACAACCUGUGUGGGGAAGGAAUGGGCCUGCAGCAGUGUUGGGGUUUUUUUGUUUGUUUUCUUAUUAAAUAAACCUGAAUAAA